AUGGACAGGGCAGUUGACAAAAUUUAUUCGCUGCCGGCGGCGCUACUGUGCGGCGCGUCGCUGCUGGAGCUGGACGCGUCGCGCAACCGGCUGCGCGACCUGGAGGCGCUGUCCGCCGCCCCCUGCUGCCGCGGGCUGCGCGCCCUCUCGCUCGCGCACAACGCGCUGGCCGCGCUGCCGCCGCCGCUGCUGCGCCUCGACCGGCUCGCGCUGCUCGACCUCUCCUCCAACUGCCUGCGGGACCUGCCCGACGGCCUGCGAGACCUCCAGCAACUUCAAGAGCUGCGACUCGACCGCAACCAGCUGGCGACCCUCCCAGCCUGCCUGUCUCAACUGCCGCGCUUGCGCGCGCUCUGGGCGGCGCACAACCUCCUCUCCGCCCUGCCGCCCUGGCUCUCCACCAUGCGCGCGCUCUCCCUCCUGGACGUGCAGGGCAACCGCGUGGAGGGCGUGGGCCGGUCCAGCGGUGGAGACGCGCUCCAGCAGCAGCAGCAGCUGGGGCGCCUGGUGCUCAGGGAGAACCUGCUCAAGGGCCGCAUCGUGCUCGCCGACUACGGGAACUUGACACAACUGGAUGUAAGUGAAAAUAAUAUUGAGACACUUGACCUCAGUGCUCUUAGCAAACUGGAAAAUGUGCAGUGCUCUAGGAAUCAGUUGGUGGAAUUGACAGUGAAUGGAAAAUCACUUACUUCAUUGAUUGCAGGGAAUAAUGCAUUGCAUAAGCUGACAAUAAGUCCACCACCGGUUCACCUGAUGCACUUGGAUGUUUCAUAUAAUGAGCUGGAGAUGUUGCCAAACUGGAUACCAGGCUGUAGCAAGCUGCGGGCUCUAUUUGCAAGCCAUAACAAACUGCACUCGUUGCCUGAGCAUAUGUUCUGCAGUGACCUCACAAGUCUACAGACACUGCAGCUAAGUUACAAUCAACUGUCUUCACUGCCCAGUGUUAUUGGACAUCUCCAAUUGCAGGAGCUCUUUCUUCAGAGCAACAGCAUUGCUAUGCUGCCUUCAAAUUUCUUUAUGGCCUUAUCUAGACUGAGGGUAUUAAACAUAUCCAACAACAGGUUGUGUGAACUUCCAUCUGCUCUAAAGCUUUCUGACAAUCAAGUUUAUGAGAUGGAGAAACUUUAUCUCACUGCUAACUGCCUUACUGACAAUUCACUUGAAAUUAUUGCCAAGUUCAUAAAUUUACGAAUACUUCAUGCAGCUUACAAUUGUCUGACCCGACUCCCUGAAAGCUGUAUAUCUGCGUGGAAAGACUUGGAAGAACUGAUUCUCUCAGGCAAUAAGUUGCAGUACCUGCCAGACAACAUCACUCAGCUAGAACAUUUAAGAGUUUUAAGAGUUCACUCUAAUAGAUUAUAUACAAGCCCCUGUUUUGCAAAGAUGAGCUCAUUGAAGGUUUUGGAUUUGGCACACAAUCAACUUGACAGAAUAAAUCUAGCAACACUAGUCCCAAACCAGCUGCAGUUUUUGGAUCUCUCGUGUAAUUCCAGGCUUUACGUAGAUCCACGUCAGUUUCAAGUGUACAGGACUCAGAGGCCAAUGAGUCUUGUUGAUGUAUCUGGACACAACAGAACUAGUCUUCCCUCCACUCCCUAUAAUGAAGGGAAUGGAGAACUUGAUCCUCCAUGGAAAAUAGGUUUCUCUGAAGCAGCAGGGAGUCGAGAAAGACUUUACAUAAGCCAGAUUCGACUACCGGCAUUCUGCAAUACUGAGGGACUAUUUGGAAUGUUUGAUGGAGGAAAUACUAAUGAGUUACCAGUUAUUCUAACCAAAGCAGUGCCACGAAUAUUACUGGAGGAAAGAACUGUUAAAGAAACUGCAAAUGAAUAUAUGAAAUACACAAUGUUGUCUGCACACCGUGAACUGAAAGAAAAGGGGCAGAAGAAUGGUGUUUGUGCUACACUCUGUCAUAUCACCAAAAUGAGGGGAAACUCUAAUCAAAGCGGAAACGGAUUCAUACCAAGUAACACCCGGUAUGUCAUGAGAGUUGCUAGUGUUGGGGAGGCUAAAGCAGUGCUUUGUAGACAGUCUGAAGGAAUUGUACUUGCACAGAAAGAAAAAUCUAAAACUACUGGUAAUCCAAAUAACACAAAACAGCGUAGUCAACUGGGCUGCAGUGCUAUGUAUCCAUUGGUAAUUCCUGAUCCAUGUAUUAGUGAAAUUGUACUGGAAGAGCAUGAUGAAUUUCUGAUCAUUGCUAACAAGGGUUUCUGGGAAGUUAUCAGUGUUUCUGAAGCAGUUGAAGAGGUGCGGCACGUCAGCAAUGCCAUCUUAGCUGCCAAAAAGCUCCAGGAUAUGGCUCAGAGCUAUGGAUGUGAUGAAAACAUAAGCAUAAUUGUUGUACGUUUCUAUAAUCUUGGAUCUGACAUGGACCAUUUGAUGAGGGAACUCAGGCAUACUAUUGGUAAAACAAAGCAGCGGUUUUCAGUUGACAGUGACAAUGAUGUGCCAGUGCAUACUUCAUGUCAGAGAACACUAUGCAGGUCACAGGCAGCAGACACAGGUUGUUGCUGUUGUCAAAGUGUUCCAGACCAUUUCUAUGGCACUGAGUGUAACUUGCGGUAUGCAAACAAUGUAAAUAAUGAAUGCACUGACUCUCAUAUUCUACCUGAAACAGACAGAUCUUCACCCAGUGGGCAAAGUGAUCAUGCUAACAGUGACUAUGUGGGAAGAAAAGUGAGUGUUGCAGAGGGACGAGAUGCAGCACGCUACACACAGCAGUGGAACAGUGGUGUUAAUCGAACUAUGCCAUUUUCAAAGGGAAAAUUUCAGAAUACUGUGCCACAUCAACAGUCUGUUCUGAUGCAUGAAAAUGGUACAAAGAAAAUUUCUGCAGUGGGUCCUACUAUAGAAAGGAGGAGCUAUAGGGACAGCAGAAGGAGUAAUAGUGGUGUUCUCAAAGCAAUCCGUGCCAAAGUUGACAUGUAUUCCAAUGGUCAUCUUGCCGAUGGUGAGGAAGAUGAGACAAGUUCUGAAAAAUCAGGCACACAACUUUCUGAAGAACAGUUCAAGUGCUGGGAAUACAUGCUUGAACAAAACACUCAACUACUUUUUGACAAAGAACUUGACACACUUUCUCGUGGUUUUGUUAGAAACUGUGGACUAAGGGCUGCCAGUUCAGCUACAUUGCUAGAUCCUUCCUGGCCACAGCAUGCAACAUCCUCAUUUUGCCAAGGUAAAGGUCUUUCUCACAGCAGUCCUCAUCUCUCUGAUAGUGCUGCUCCUUCUGGAUCUAUUGCUCCAUUCCUGUCUCGACAUUUUGGUAGUGCUAGAUCCUUUAACCCUAUCAGUAGGUCAAAUAGGUUUGGAUCGUGUAGACAAACAUUAAAUGGGGGACCAAAUGCUGCUUAUUUUGGCAGCUUACAGAGACUAAUGCCAUAUAAUCUAGAAUAUAACUUCGCUGUUAUCCAGGAACGAGGUGCAAAUCAGGACUCAUUGGAAACAGACAGCCGCAUGCAGAAGUACUGGGAUGUAGCAACUACUGAGUUGUAGCUGUAAAAGACUGAAUUAAAAAUUUCCUUAAGAUGUUACCAUUCAUAUAAUGUAACAACAGGUAGGGUUUUGUAAAUAUUAGUAAUCUGUACAAAAAAUAAUUUUGUAAAAUAAUAAUGUCAAAAUAAAUGCUUUCAUAGAAAUUUCUUGUAAUAUAAGCCUUUACUGACUAAGUGUAAAAUACAUUGAAAUUUCUGAUAAAUAUAAAUUAUCUUCA